GGUAUUGAAGGGGUUUUAACCUCGACGAAGAGGACAAGAUGUUUGUUGAUUGUUUAUGGAUUUCGUUGGGGUAAUUGGAGUUUUUAAUUGUGCUGGGGAUGGCGGGGACUUUGGCGGUGAAGGGGGCUGAGGGUGAGGCACCUGAGGUCAUGAGGAAGAAGCUGGAGUUGAAGUCGGAGGCUCUGGUUGUCCUCAGCCAGGAGCUGGAGCAGUGCAGGAGUCAGAGGGAUCAGUUCAAGAUGAUGGCCGAGCAGAUUCAGGAGAGGUUCUGGUGCUACAAGAGGCAGGUCAAUGACUCCAAGGAACUCAGAAAAUAUAGUCUAGAUGGAGACUACAAAAUGAUGGACCUCGUGACAGAGCUGCGAGAGCAGAACAAAUGCCUGAAACUCCAGGUGGAAACCCUCAGACAAAAGCUGGGAGAUGCCCAGGGUGACAUCAAGGUUCUAAGGAGAAGUAAUCACUCGAAUAUCGAGCAGAAUAAUUCCCAGCUGGCUCCAGCCGUUCACGAACGAGAAGAGAUGAUUGAGCAGUUGGAAAAGCUGAAUGUCAAGUGCACUCAACUGCAGGCAGACUUGCAAUCAGUUUUGGAUGAGAAACUAGAGCUGGAGACUGAGAGAGAUGCCUUCAAGUGCAAGUCCCAUCGAUUGAAUCACGAGUUAUCGAGAGCACUUAGUGCUACACAACCGAUGGACUUGGAUUCUCUCAUAAACGAAAAUAGAUAUCUGCAGAAUCGUCUGCAGCAGGUUCUGGAGGAGAAGGAACUGGCAAGACAGUCAUUAUCAAAAUACAAGGGAAUGCUCGACAGCAAAAGAGUGAAGGGAACCAUCAAAUUGGGGGGCAAUGGUGCUGCUGGUAAGAUAAUGACUCUGAAACAAGUUGAACAGUUGCUGCAGCAAGGAGCAAGCAUCCCCUCCCAUAAAUCAACAGCAGCCAUCUCCGACCUGCGUUGUCUGUGUUCUGCCCUGCUGGAAGCUCUGAAUGACAAAACCCUGGCCCUCGCACAUCAGAAGAAAGCCAACAAAAUUUUAGCAGUGAGAAUUUGUGAACUGGACACUGCAGUUCCCUCUCCCACUGCGAAGUUACUCGAGGGAUAUGCUGGGGUUGACGUUGAUGCUCUUGAGGAUAAUCUUGAAGACGCCGGUCCCCAAAAUUACGAAGAGAAGGCUCUGGAAGAAAAUAUCGAGAAGAAUGGGGAGGGACUGGAGAUCAAUGAAUUAUUGGACACUGAAUCUCUCCCCUCGAAGUCACAGAGUGACACUCCGUCGAGGAAAAUACAACUGGGGCUGCCUCAGAAUUUAGAAGCACUUGUACAGAAGGCGUUACUCAACCUGAAGGAGAACGAGAGAGAUAAAUCGUGAGGAUUUUUAAUUUCUUUAUUUUCUCCUCUCGUAUUUCUUUUGAUCUUCCCUCAGUUGCACCGGGUUUAUUUUUGCCUGCGAAUCAUUCCUAUUACCAAAGUUAUUAUCUAGUCUCUACGAACAAAAAACAAAACUCUCUAGAACUUUCAACUCGAAGAAUUUUUCUCAAUUUUUCUGAUCUGAUUAUUAUUAAGUAAAAUCAUUUACACAUUCAAUCAACUUUUUAAUAAUCAUGGUUGAUUAUGUAUUCGAUGUAAAUACAAGAAUUCACUGUUCAAAAUAA